UGGGCGGGGUUCCCUGGGCGGGUCUCCCUUCGCGGAAGGAGCGCUGCGCCUGGGGUGGGUGUCGUGUCUCUGCUUGCUGCCUUGCCCGGGGCCAUGGACGAGACUGAGCGCCAACUGCUGCAGCGCUCGCGGUUGCGCCUGGUGAAGGAGCUGCAGGUGGAACCGCUCUGGGACUUGCUGGUGCACAAAGGGAUCUUCACGCCGGACAUGAUCGAGGAGAUCCAGAAAGCAGGUACUCGAAGGGAUCAGGCCAGGGAUUUGAUCACCGACCUGCAGACGAGAGGAAAAGAAGCCCUCCCUGCCUUCAUCUGGUGCCUCCGUGAAACUGGACAGCAAGAUCUGGCAACUCUUCUGAGCGAGGGAUGCAGCCAUCCGCAAUUGCCACCAGUCCACAUAAAGCCAGUUGUGGGCUGCUCACGGGCUGGACAAGUUGACCCAGGUAUUCAGACCAGAGAAUAUUUACCUUUGCCAGUCCAGGAUAGAAUCCGAGAACCAGUUCGUGAUAUUGCAGCCACUCGGGGUUCUGAGGAAGAGAGAGCUGCAAGGAAUCCUGAAAUGGUUUACUCUAUGAAUUCUGACCCCUGUGGUUUCUGCCUUAUUAUCAACAAUGUGAACUUCUCCAAAGAGUCCGGCCAUGCCGCCCGCGUUGGCUCUGAUCUGGACUGCGAGAGACUAGAAAGGCGCUUCCGGUCGCUCCAUUUCGAAGUCUUGACUCGCCGAGAUCUAACAGCUCAGGAAAUCACUUGGGAGUUGCAGAACCUGGUGAGGCGGGACCAUGGGCCUCUUGACUGCUGCUUGGUGGUGAUCCUUUCCCAUGGCUGUCAGGCCAGACACAAUCGGUUUCCCGGUGGGAUCUUCGGCACAGACGGCAUGCCUGUUGCAGUGGAAAAGAUUGUCAGCUACUUCAACGGGUCUCACUGCCCGCUCCUGAGGGGGAAACCCAAACUCUUCUUUAUUCAAGCUUGCGGAGGAGAGCAAAAGGACCGAGGGUUCGAGGUGGAUUCCGAGCCUUCUGUGGAUCAACGACAUGGAAGCACUCUUGAUUCUGAUGCGAACCCCUUCCAGAUACCUGCGGGAGAUGCUGAUCAGCCGGAUGCUGUAGCCAGUUUGCCCACCUCUAGUGACAUCUUAGUAUCUUAUUCAACUUUUCCAGGUUUCGUGUCCUGGAGGGAUAAACGUAGCGGAUCCUGGUAUGUGGAAACCCUGGACCAGAUCCUUGAUCAGUAUGCUCAUUCUGAAGAUCUCCUCACCAUGCUACUGAGGGUGGGGAACACCGUUUCUGCAAAAGGAAAGUACAAGCAAAUGCCUGGCAGUUUCAACUUUCUGCGCAAAAAGUUCUUCUUCAUGGCUACAUGAUAUCCCAGUCUGACAGGGUUGGCCUGGAUGAAGCAGUUGUUCCAAAAGAGACCUUUGGAAAAGGUGUGCUGCGAUGUGCCUCAUGAAGAAUGGAUGGAUUUAUCUUCUCAUCUUACCUUCUGAGAAGAGACUCAUUACUGUGAAAAGACUCCCUUGAAAGAUGGGUUUGUUCAAUGAGACUAGUUUUGUAUAAAGGGAGAAGCUGUACAUGGAUCCCAAAAGAAGUGCCUGGAAUAUUGUUUGGGGUGGGCAUCCCCUUUUUGUCCUUGAUUUCUCCUUGAGGGAGUCUUCUGCUCACACUUUGUUGUUUCAGCCUCAACUUUCUUACUGCCAUUGUGAGUGCUGGGCUUUUGGGCCUCAACUCCACAACCAGCUUUAACUCAUAUUAAUUGUCAUGGCUCCCUUUUCCACCCUCUUGAACCUCACCUUACAGGUGUGUGAGGCCGCUGCAUCUGGUUUCUCAAAGGUGACCUUCCUUCCCCUCUCCUGAGACUACAAUUCCCACAUCUGCUGCAGGAAAACCAUCUCACUUGACCCAGUGUAACAUUGCUGUGUAGACAGACUUCUGAUAUUUAAAAAGCAGGCAUCUUGCUGGGGGGAUGCACUCUACAUACCACCUCUUGUUAUAUUAAAUAUUCUGUAUUUAUAUGCAAUCCAACUUUAAAAAAAAAACUUAUACAUUG